GGCGCUUGGGGACAGGCCGCCACCACUGGUAUCUGUGCCCAGGCCCUGGAGGAGACCACAGUGGCUGUGGCCCAGGCCACGCGGAGCCCGGUGCCUUCGCUGCUCCUUCAGCCCUUACAUCCUCAUCUGUGCUGCCUGCUGAGCAGGGCCCCUGGAGCCGGUCCCAAUCUGUUUCCUUCUAUUCUUUAACAGGAAGCUCCUGGGGAGCCGGCCCCCGCCCCCACCCGCCCCAGCACUCCCUCUCUCCGCUCCACUAUGGACAGAGCUACGGCGGGGCCGCUGCCUCCUCUCGCAGGCGCGGCCGCCAUGGGGACCGGCAGAGCGGUGCAGCUGUGCUGGGCGAUCCUGGGCUUCCUCCUGCUCCGAGGCCACGAAUGCACAGUGCAGCCCUCCAGCCCUCAGGGAGACAGGCUGUCCUCAGAGCCCAGCAGCCCAAGCCCUCUGCCCAACGCCAGCACCCCAGACACUUUUCAAAAUGUUACUCCUAACUCAGCCACCAUGAGCCUGAGGACAAGAGAAGACCCAGCCAUCCUGCCCAGCCCCACAUCAGAGACAGUGCUCACUGUGGCCGCAUUUGGUGUCAUCAGCUUCAUUGCCAUCCUGGUGGUCGUGGUGAUCGUCCUAGUUAGUGUGGUCAGUCUAAGGUUUAAGUGUCGGAAGAACAAGGAGUCUGAAGAUCCCCAGAAACCUGGGAGUUCAGGGGUAUCUGAAAGCUGCUCCACAGCCAAUGGAGAGAAAGACAGCAUCACCCUCAUCUCCAUGAAGAAUAUCAACAUGAACAACAGCAAAGGAUGCCCCACAGCAGAGAAGGUUCUUUAAAAGCAACCUUGGUUCCUCAUGGGUCUGAGGAUGAUGCAGCUGCUCUGUGACUAUAAGGAGGAACUGGAUGGCGUUGGUAGAAGCAAUGAACCACAUAUAAAUUAUUUAUACUGUUUCACAUCUACUCCCAGGUCUAAAGGAUAUGAGCCUUCCUCCAGAUCUGGGAGCAGGCUACCAGUCUGACAGACUCUUUCCAUGACCUGCUCUUCCCACCUUCUCAAGGUCACAGGAAGGAGGAAUCUGUAGAGCCAAAGCAAGGAAAGUGACAGAGUGGAUUGGUCCUUUCUUCUUGGCAUUAAAAUUAUUUUCUGGUC